UCCUCCUGCUCCCCCAGGAGGCCUAUCCAGCUGUUCCCCCUAUAUGGUCGGUGGAAUCGGACGACCCCAACUUGGCAGCGGUCUUGGAGAGGCUGGCCGACGUGAAAAAAGGCAACACGUUGCUCCUGCAGCACCUGAAGCGGAUCAUUUCGGACCUCUGCAAACUGUACAACCUUCCCCAGCAUCCAGAUGUGGAGAUGCUGGAUCAGCCCUUGCCUGCUGAGCAGAAUACGCAGGAAGAAGUGUCCUCAGAAGAGGAAGAUGAGGAAAUGCCCGAGGACACGGAAGAGCUAGAUCACUACGAAAUGAAGGAGGAAGAGCCGGUGGAAGGAAAAAAGGCGGAAGAUGACGGGAUUGGCAAGGAAAACUUGGCUAUUCUUGAGAAAAUCAAAAAGAAUCAGAGGCAAGAUUACUUAAAUGGAGCGGUUUCUGGGUCUGUGCAGGCCACCGACCGGCUGAUGAAGGAGCUCAGGGAUAUCUACCGAUCGGCAAGUUUCAAAGGUGGAAACUAUGCAGUUGAACUAGUGAACGAUAGCCUCUACGACUGGAAUGUGAAACUCCUGAAGGUGGAUGAGGACAGCGCCUUGCACAGUGACCUGCAAAUCCUGAAAGAGAAAGAGGGGACCGACUUCAUUCUUCUCAACUUCACGUUUAAGGAUAACUUCCCCUUCGACCCCCCCUUUGUAAGAGUGGUGUCGCCUGUGCUCUCGGGAGGGUACGUCUUGGGUGGAGGAGCGAUCUGUAUGGAGCUUCUGACAAAGCAGGGCUGGAGCAGCGCUUACUCGGUGGAAUCUGUGAUCAUGCAGAUAAGCGCCACGCUGGUCAAAGGCAAAGCCAGGGUCCAGUUUGGCGCAAACAAGAACCAGUACAGCUUGACCAGAGCUCAGCAGUCCUACAAGUCCCUAGUCCAGAUCCACGAGAAGAACGGCUGGUACACGCCCCCCAAGGAAGACGGCUAGCCGUGGGGCCGACGGAGCAGCCCCCCCGGACCCCCCGCUGGACGCUGUGCUCGGAUUGCUGAGGACGCUUUCCUUUCUCCCAGGACAGGACUCCGCCAGCUGUUUUGCAGGACAGCACAGAGCAGCUCCGACCGCCCUUUUACGGAAUUAUAAACACUCGUCGUGAGCAGCCAAGGCCUCGCUCGGACCCGCGCUGGCAGGCAACUCGCCAUCACUCUUAUUAAAAGGAAAAAACACACACACACACAACCACACUCACACAAACGAAACUCCUGAAUCUCUCCUCUC